AUGUUGGGAACAACCUUUGUUCUUCUUACAAUUCUUUCUCUCGCUCAUUGUAUUCCUCUCAAUCAAAUCCAACAAGCAAGAUUGAUUGCAAAUGUUUCCAGAACACUCUUCAAUCAAUCUCAACAGCACUGUAUUUGUCAAAUGAUCAGUUCCCUUCAAUCGAUCUCAGCACUGAACUAUUGCUCAUCAAAUCAAACAUGUCAAUUGUUUUCUUCAAAUUUAACUUUGGUUGAUCUGGAUUUAGAUGUGGGUUGGAUGGUCAUCUAUACGAAUCAGUCUUUGAUUGCAAAUAUAUUCGGAUCGAGUAUCACAUCGACAUCCACUACGACGUCCACCUCUACAUCAUCAACGUCAACUCCAUAUUGUCCUUCGAUGUUUCGCAAUCAAACGGGCUAUGCAACUGAUGCUAAUCCACAAUCAGCAGCAAUCGGCGAUUUGAAUUCGGAUAAUAAACUUGAUGUAGUUGUUGCAAACUAUGGCUCGAACACUAUCAGCAUUUUUUUUAAUCAAGGCAAUGGAAUAUUUUCAAAUCAAACAACUUAUACAGUUGGGACUCAUUCAACAUCAAUUGCAGUUUCUGAUUUGGACCUCGACGGUGAACUUGACAUCGUUGUCGCAAAUUACAAUCCGCCUUAUAUCAGCGUUCUUCUGAAUGCAGGCAAUGGAACAUUUCCUAAUCAAACUACUUAUACAACUAACAGUGGUCCACGAUCGAUCACUGCAGUCGAUAUGAAUUUUGAUACAAAACCGGAUCUUGUCGUCACAAAUUCUCUUUCGAACACUGUCAGUAUCUUCCUCAAUGCAGGUAAUGGUUCGUUUUAUCCUCGAACGGACUAUACAGCUGGCAGCCAUCCGUACUCAGGAGCGGUCGGUGAUCUCAACUCCGAUGGUACACUCGAUAUCAUUACUGCAAACUUUGGCAAUGCUACCAUUUCUGUUUUGCUUAACAGUGGUACUAACACGUUUCCUACUAUCACUCUUUAUUCGACCAGUAUCAAUCCGUUUGGAAUAGCAGUGAAAGAUUUGAACUCGGAUGGUAAACUUGACAUUGUUGUUGCGAAUCAAGGAUCUAAUAACGUGGGUGUUUUCCUAAAUCAAGGUAAUGGUACACUUCUUAAUCAAGUUACUUACACAACUGGGUCGAAACCACAAAUAUUAGCAUUAGUGGAUGUGAACUUUGACUAUAUGCCUGAUAUAGCUGUCUCGAAUCAAGGAGCGAGUACCGUGAGUGUGCUUUUGAAUGCUGGUAAUGGAACAUUUCUCAAUCAGAUUACUUACCCAACUGGUCAGAAUCCAUAUGCAUUAGCUGUGGGCGAUCUAGAUUCUGACAGCAGACCUGAUAUCGCCACUGUCAGUCCAGGCACGAAUACAUUGAAUAUUCUAUUACAUUGCUGA